AUGACAUGGGGACUUCUUAUGGAUGAUCAGGCUACUAAUCUGAAAGAACUGAUUCGUUAUGCCUACGAUAAAACUCCUCCAGAACAAUUCACCAUCCGCGCCAGUAGCUCUUGCAAGCAUCUGCAGCAGUGCAAUGAUGAUCAGCUUAAAUUCAGUAUUACAAAACCUCCUCACGUUCACGAACAAUACAAUCCUUGCCUGCAUGAAAAUGACUUGGCAAUCAUUGAACUUGAUAGGAACAUUCCUUCCGAUGUUGGAACACCAAUCUGUAUGAUAAACGAGGAUGAUCAUCUAGGGCGGAAACUGACUGCAAUUGGUUAUGGGAGAGACCGUGAGUUCACAAUGCAUAAAAAAUUUUCUUAUAAUAAAAUGUAUCGCGCUGAAUAA